CCCGCCAAAAUGUUCAACGCUUGUUAUUAUUUAUUAUUGACUACAAUAAAGUAUUGUAUUAUUUGUAUUUGGUUUAAGCCUUUAAGUUUAAGGUUAUAAACAAUAUAAACUAAAACUAUCCCCUAUGGCCAUGGUCAUUGGUCACUAUUUACUUUUAAGAAUUUUACUGUUCUGCAAUACAAGGUAGAUGGAUACUUUUAUUUUGUAGUUUGUGACUGUGUGACACAUUUAACAUAUCAUAGCAGCUGAUGAACGGAAGUCGUGAGAUGAGUUUUAGGUUUUCGUCCAAGUUAAUCGCAGUUUGACACUUGCGUAAUCGUAAUUAAAUGUGUUGUGUAUACUUUUUUCACUCCAGUUUUCCAUAAAUUGCAUUAGGUAUAUGGUACAUCACACGUCUUACUCACCAAAAGUGAAUUGCUUCGCAUCAYUGUAUAUUUCAUAUUAAUGAAUUUGGUGAGACGUCAAUAUGUCCAAAAACACGUUGUUUAAUUACUUUACCAGAUCACCCAGAACUGGGUCUCCUAAAACGAAUGGAUCGCCCAAGCCCGAUGGAGUGGUGGCAUCGAAGACUCUGUCAAAACGCCAGUUGUCCAAUACUAAUAAGGGUAACUCAAUCACUCCUAAAAGGACACCAAAGUCUGGUGUGAAUGGAAGUUCAGGAAAAAAAAACGUCAGCAAUAGUUCAAAGAAAAUUACUGAGAAAAGAAAACCGAAACCACUGGAAGAAUCUAUAGAAGACAAUGAAGAAAAUGAAGAGUUGCCUAUGAAGAAACGCCGCAGACUUGCAUUAGAAGAUUUAAGUGAUGAUGAAAAAGAUUUGGGUGGUGAUGAAGAAGAUUCAGGCGAUGAAUAUGUACCAGAUAAGAAAGCUUUAAAUGAUUCUGAAUCUGAAGAAAGUCCUGAUCCAUCUGACAAUGAUUCAUUUAUUGAUGAUGAAUCUGAUGAAGAAAUAUCUCCUGUUAAAGUAAAAAGUGGAAAAAAUUCAAAAUCUGUUGGAAAAUCAAAACAUUCUAAAUUUAAUAAAUCAUAUACUCCUGCUGUAGAUAAAUCUACCAAAGAAUCGUCAGCUAUAAGUAAUGGAGUUGAUCAAGACAAUUGGCCUCAUUUAAAACUUGAAUUUUUGAAACCAGAAAAAAUUAAAGAUGCUAAUAAGAGAUCACCAUCUGAUCCUAACUAUAAUCCUCGAUCAUUAUAUGUGCCAGAAGAUUUUAAACUUACAUUAACUCCAGGACUUCGUCAGUGGUGGGAGUUAAAAGCACAACACUUUGACUGUAUAUUAUUUUUUAAAGUUGGAAAAUUUUAUGAGAUGUACCAUAUGGACGCUGUUACAACUGCUAAAGAACUUAAUCUUUUAUACAUGAAGGGAGACUUUGCUCAUGUGGGAUUUCCAGAAACCUCUUACGGUCGUUUCUCGGCAAUUUUAAUAGAAAAAGGUUAUACUGUUGCUCGUAUAGAACAAACCGAAACACCAGAUAUGAUGACGGAAAGAUGUAAAAGUUUAAAAAAAACCACUAAAUUUGAUAAAGUAGUGCGGCGUGAAAUAUGUCGUAUUACAACCAAAGGCACUAGAACUUUUGGUAUUAUUGAUGGUGAAACWAAUGAUGCUGAAAAUUCAUUUUUAAUAGCUAUAUCUGAAAAAGAAAUUAGUAAUUCAACUUCUUUAUAUGGAGUUUGCUUCAUUGAUACRUCUAUUGGUCUCUUCCAUCUGGGACAAUUUGAAGAUGACUGUCAUUGCUCACGUUUAAGAACCUUGUGUGCUCAUUACCCACCAGUACAAGUUUUAUUUGAACGUAAUAAAUUGACAGUGCGUACUAAAAAAGUCAUUGAUACUAUGCUCUCUAACGCUGUUAAAGAUGCACUYAUCCCUGAUGUAGAAUUUUGGCCAUCAUCAAAAACCUUGAUUACUUUAGCAGAAGGAGACUACUUUAAACACGACAAUAAUGUAGUAUAUCCAGACAAAUUAAAAACAUUUUUGGAAUUCACCACACUUGCAUGUGUUGGAAACAUACAAUAUUGCAAAUUUGUGUUCCGAAGUUCCGAUUUUAUACUUGAUGCUAUAACAAUUAAAAACCUGCAUAUAUUAGAAAACUCUUCUGGUUCAAAUGUAGGAACAUUGUUUAACAAGUUAAAUCAUUGCUCUACACCAUUUGGCAAACGAUUACUACACCAGUGGUUGUGUAAUCCAUUGACAACAAUAUCCAGUAUUAAAGCUAGACAAAAUGCAAUUUCUUCUUUAAUUGUUAUUCCUGAUUUAAUGCAUGAAAUACGAUCAGAACUGGCCAAUUUACCUGAUUUAGAACGUCUGUUUUCCAGGAUUUACUCUCAAAGUAGUAAUGGAGUUGAAUUGGACCAUGCAGAAACUAGAGCAAUAUACUUUGAAGAGAAGACUUAUUCAAAAAGGAAAAUAAUUGAUUUCAUUUCAAUAUUGAAAGGUUUCAGAACAAGUGUUAAUAUAAUGGAAAAAAUUCAAAAAGCUGAUAUCAAAAAAGAGAAUUCAGAAUCUAAUUUAUUGGCUACUAUUUGUAAUUAUCCUGAUAGUUCUAUCCCUGGAGUAUUUCCUCAUUUGACUGAACUUCUUGAUAAUUUUGAGAAUUCUUUUGAUCAUGAUGAAGCUAUGAAACAUGGUCGUAUUUUUCCUGAACCUGGCAUGGACAAUCAGUAUGACAGUGUUUUGGAAAAAAUAAAAGAAGUUGAUGUCGAGCUAAAAUCUUAUUUAAAAGAACAAUGUAAACACUUUGGAUGUACUGUCAAUUAUUUUGGAUCUGAUAAAAAACGAUAUCAAUUAGAAGUGCCUGAUGCUGCAUCAAGAAGAGCUGGAGAUGGUUAUGAACUUCAAAACCAAAGAAAAGGAUUCAAAAGAUUCACUACAAAUCGUACAAAAGAACUUUUGGAAAAAAUGAUGAAUUACGAACAAGAAAAAAUAGAUGUACUUAAAGAUCUUAGGGAAAGAGUGUUUUCGCGGUUUUGUGACAAAUUUGAAGAAUGGAACAAUGGCAUCCAAUGUUUGGCUACACUAGAUGUAUUCAUGUCAUUAGCAGAAUACUGUCGGUGUGAAGAAGAAGUUAUGUGUAUUCCUUCUUUUAUUCCAGCUAUUGUUGGUAAAAAGCCAUUAAUUGAACUCAUUGAGGGGCGUUAUCCAUGUGGUUCUGGAGGAGAGAAUUUCAUUCCAAACGAUACAAUCAUCGGUAAGGAAGAAGAUAGCACGUGGAAUUCUAGUUUGAUAUUAGUAACAGGCCCUAACAUGGGAGGAAAGUCUACAUUGAUGAGACAGCUUGGCAUCAUCUCUGUUAUGGCGCAUAUGGGUUGUUAUGUACCUGCAAAAAGUCUUCUUCUAAAUCCUGUUGACAGAAUAUUCACAAGGAUUGGCGCCAACGACAAUAUAAUUGCUGGUGAAUCAACAUUCUUUGUUGAAUUGUGUGAGACAUCAGCUAUACUUCAUCAUGCCAGUCGGUUUUCAUUAGUCUUAGUUGAUGAACUUGGAAGAGGAACUUCAACAUAUGAUGGGACAGCAAUCGCCUCAGCUGUUGUUACAGAACUGGUACAAAAACAAUGCCGUACACUAUUUUCUACCCAUUACCACUCGUUGGUCGAAGAUUUCAAGGCUAACCCAUUAGUUGCACUUGGUCAUAUGGCAUGCAUGGUAGAAGACGAUGAAACAAAUGAAAUGGAUGCAGAACAAACUCAAGAAACUAUUACUUUUUUGUAUAAGUUUGCAAAUGGAGCCUGUCCUAAAUCAUAUGGUUUUAACGCAGCUCGUUUGGCUGGCAUGCCUACUGACAUCAUAAAAAUUGGUUUACGUAGAUCUAAAGAGUUUGAAACUGCUGCUAAGCGCCGAAUACUAUUCAAAACAUUGUUUUCAUCCAAUGAUAUAUCUGUUGUGAAGACAGCUGUUUUAGCACUAUGAUUAACCUAUUAAGUUCCUUAAACAAUAUACAUAAUUUCRGACCGCAUUAUUAUCAUUCAUUAUUUUUUUUAUUUUAGUAUUCAAAUUUUUUGU